AUGGGUUGCGGAUCUGUAAAACCAGUGAAUGUCUAAGAAACAGAAUAAUUAAAUUCAUCGAAAAUUCAUUCAAGAACUAGUUCGAUUUCAGAAGGCCAAACAGAUAUCACCAAGUUAUACAGAAGAGGUUCUUUUUGGCUAUAAAAUAAUAGCAAACUAUCUCAUACAGAAUGAGAAAUACGAGCAAUCUACCUAGUUAUUAGAUCGAAUUUUAGAAACUGAUCCUGAUUUCGUGAAUGCUAUUUAUUCAAAGGGUUAGUCAUUCAAUUUAAUUUCCUUUUAGGUAUUGUUGAACUGUGUUAAAAUAAGUUGGAGAAGGCAAAGAAAUAUUUUCUAACUUCCCUUGAGAAAUAACCAAACCAUGCUCUUGCUCUCAAUGAAUUAGGUAUUUUCUAAUGUUUUAUCAUUCAGCUAGUUUAAUGAUCAAAGAAAAAUAGUACAAUGAAGCAUUAGGGAAUUUGGAAAAAGGAUUCCAGGCUGAUCCAAACAUACCAGACUUAAACUAUGGUUUAGGUACACUGUACAUUUUAAUCAAAAUCACCAGGCUAUGUUUUAGCAAGAUUAAAGCGAAAAACCGAGGCUAUCCAAUAUUUUGAUAUGGCGAUAAAAUAAGACCCAAAUCAAAAACAUUUCUAUGUUAGUAAAGCGACUACCUUAUCAGACAUAAAAUAAUUUGAUAAUGCUUUGGAAGCUGUUUAAAUAGCCCUGAAACUCGAUCCUCAAUAUAUUGAUGCAUAUUAAGUAUUAGGUAUCUGAUACUCAUUUACUAAAUUAGCAUAUAUAUAUCGCCAUUCAAAAUAAUAUGAUAAGAUGGAGGAAGCAUGUGAUGUAGUUCUUAAAUUUGAUGCUCAAAACAUAUAUGCAUUAAAUUGUAAACAAGAAAUCAAAAAAAAAAAUUAAUUAAAGUAACUACCAGUUCCAUAGGAGUCAAUUUCUGUUGAAGAUUAAUUGAAAGAAGGUUGAAUCUAAUAUUAAGAUUAUAGUAAGGAAUUUGCAAGUAGGUUAACAACACACUUAGGCUUUGAGUCUCCUAAACUAAAUUUUGGAAAAAGACCCUGUUCAAUUAGAAGCCUUAAAAUUAAAAGCAUAAAUAUAAAUUGAAUUAAAAUAAUAAGCAAGUUGUCUCGUAACCCUGAAUCAAAUUCUCAACAUUCAGCAGAAUGACUUAGAUGCAUUAAAAGAAAAGGGUAUCAACAUUCAUUCUAAUUGAUUUAGUGAAAAUCUUAGAAUAUAUGAACAAAAGCGAAGAAGUUUUGAAAUGCUAUGAUUUGAUCCUAGCUAAAGAAACAAGCUUUGAAUUAUUGGAGAAGAAAGGUUUAUAUCCAAAAUAUUUAUUUAGCCUCUACUUUAAUAAAAUUGAAUAGACUUUAAGAAGCAUCAAAGAUUUAUGAAUAUUUAUAAUCAUAAUCAAAUUAGAAUGUUUCAAAAAUCUUUAUUAUUAGAGGUAUACUAAAUUCUUAUUUAGGGAGGCUAUUUUAAGCAUAAAAAAAAUAUGAAGAAGCCAUCAUUUGUUUGAAUGAUGGAUUAACUAAAUUCCCUUAAAGCUUAGAAAUCUUAGAUUUGUUAGCAUAAAUGUAUAAAAUUACAAAGAAUGAACAAAAAGCACUUGAAAUUUAUGAAAAAAUAUUAACUAUUGAUGCAACCAAUGAAUAAUACUUAUAUGAAAAAGGUGUAUUAUAUUAUAAUUAUUAGGUUCUAUAUUAUUUAAUUAAAAUAACUAUAAUGAAUCAUUUGAUAUAUUUGUAGAGUUGAAAAAUAGCGAAUAUGCCCAAAAUCUUAAUUAUUACCUGGGAAUAUGUUACAAUUAAAAGAAAGAAUAUGUUGAGGCAUUAAAAUACUUAAAUUUAUAUCUUAAAAAUGGAAAGGAAAAUCUUGAGCAAGUCUAUUUCAUCGUAUUAAUAUUAUUAAGUGUAUAGUUAGGCACUGCAAAUCAAUAUUUAAUGAAAUUGGAUGAAGUCAUUGACGGCUAUCAAAAUUGCAUUAAUCAAAACGCUAAAAAUUCAGAAGCCUAUUUUCAACUUGGAAAUGUAUAUAAAUAAGACAAACAAAUCGAAGAUGCCCUAAAGGCUUUUGAAUAAGCAGUCAAGAUAAAUCCUUCAAAUAAAGUGUAUAAAUAAGCAUUAGGUAUUUAUAAAUUAAAUUGCGAUUAGAUAAUAUAACAAAUGAAAAAUCAUUCUUAUAAGAAUAUAGAAAUAGUCUCCUUUUUACAUUGAUUACAUUUAUUGGAUGUUGCUAACUCGAUCCAAAAUCUCCAGAUUAAGAUAAAAAGCAAAAUGAGAAAUAUUUAACUUUGUUAACUUUGAUGGAAGCUCAUUUAAAAAAAAGAUUCAAUACUUUAGAUAAGCACUUUGAAUAAUUAAAAGAAUUGAUUGGUAAAUCCUACGAUAUGAAAUUAACUUUAAUUGAUGACACUUUAUACCCUAUCAUGCAAUUUUGGCAUAAUCAGAAAAUCUGUAAAAAAAAGAAAGAUAAUAAUGAUUUGGUUGUUUCUAUGAUAAAUUCUGUCAAAUCUAUGAUUAAUUCAAAUAAUGAAAAGAUAUUAAGUACCAUUUAAAAUGAAAAAUCUCUAAAUAAUCGAUUUUGUGUUGAAUUUUUAUCAAAAUGCCAACAUGAAUCAUAUUAAAAGAUGAGUGGAAAUGCAGGUUUGCAAGAUGGAAUAAAAAUUCUGGGCUUCUUAAUUAAGUAUCAAAAAGAAUUCAAUUCAGAAACUAAAAGUUUCCCUGAAUUCAUUGCAAAUAAAUACUUAGCUGAUGAGAUAUAGAUUUUUCACGAUUCAUAUUACCGUCCAAUUGAUUGA